GUAAACAGUAACAAAAAAUUGCCCUCAUAACCAUGAUUUACAUGAUUACCAUGAAAGAAAUAGACUACUUCAUACCGUGAAUUGCUAUGACACUUGACUAUAUUACCAAAAAAGUAAAAUGUUGAUAAUUUUCCAAGGGAUUCCCACAAUAUCCAUCGUCGGCUUGACAUAUCAUUCGAACUAGACAAAAUUCGGUCGCCUGGGUUUAUGAUCAUCAUGGAGAAUGUGAGUUCAUAAAAGGUUUGUUUCACUCCAAUGAGUUCAUUUUUCUAAAUUUAUCGAAGGUGCAAUUUAAUCCUCUACUAUCCUGUUAGGUAUGAUAGUAGACCUUGAGCAACAUGUUAUGUGACUAUCCCUGUUGAUGAUCACGCUGCCUCAAUAGAUUCACUCAUGGUAUGAAGAGCUGGGCAUGAUUUCAAGAUUUGGAAAGCUAUUCCUAUACUGGCGGUAGAAGAGCUCUGAUGAUCAAGUUUCGUGUGGCUGUAACUGUACCCUGCUUUGCAGUGAGGAUUGACGUGAAAAAUUUUCAUUCAAAAUGCUGCUAAGUGAGAGUCAGUUUGUCAAAGGAGCCUGUCAAUGUAUGUGCCCUGCGAAGGAGAGAAAUCUGAGGAGUAAAGAAAGAAUGAUACACAUUUUAGAGACAAACCUAGACUUGCAAACUUUCCGUCAAACUAAAAAUAUCCCAGCUGAUUCAAAUAGAAUGGUGAAGAAAUUUAGUCGUUCUGCUGCUGGGCAGGAAUUAUCUCAUCCAGAAUUACUCCGACCUCCUGAAGUAUUGUUAAGGACCGUGAAUUAUCUUUUAUCAGAAGUCAUUCUUGACAAGCGUAUAAAAUUCUAUGCUGUUGUUGAGUUCAUCACUGAUGCCCUGAGAUCUAUUCGACAAGAUGCUGUCAUUCAAGGUAUUUCUGCUUUCGACUGGAUUCAACUUCUACAACCCAUGGUGCGGUUCCAUUCAUUUGUCUCUUACAGAUUGUCCGGGAGUCCACCAGCUGAGUUUGACAGUCAUCUUAAUUACAAUCAUUUGAACGAGUGUUUGAAACGACUUUUAACCUGCUAUGAUGAACUAAAUACGGAAUCCGCUGAGAGAGAUGAGAUGGAGGCUGUAUUUUUACUUCUGAAUCCUGGUCAUUCAGAGCCUCUCCUGCGUUAUUUAUCCUUGAAAAAAAGAGGCAAAUUGGCUAAUGCAGGCUUCAGAAUUUCCAAAGCAUGGCUAGCGAGUAAUUUUGCCAAAUGUUCCCGAGAAAUAAGGAAGUCUGUAACACCCAUUUUGGCGUGCACAAUCAGUCGCAGCUUACCAAUUUUAAGGAGAAAUAUUUUGAAAAUCAUGUCAGCGGGCUACAGUUCCAAAAAUCAGUGCUAUCCUGUUUCGAAGCUGGUUCAAUUUCUUCUCUGUAAUGAUGCUACAGAGGCUUUUAGUUAUUGUCAAUUUUACAAUAUUGAAUGCCAAAAAAGUUCGAGUGCUGUGCGAUUUGAGAGAGGAAGUUUUGAUCACCAAAAAUCUGAGAUGAAUCUCAGCAACUGGGUUUUGGCUGAGGAGAAAUUAAGUGCUUUUUCUGUACCUGACAUCUUACUCAGACACAUUUAUACUCACGACGAAGGGAAAGGGUGGCAACAAGAUCUACAUAAAAAUGUUGAGAAAAUUAGUAACAUGAAACUGGGUGACAAGUAAGUGUCAGUUGGAUUAUCAGUCCUCUUUCCACUUGCAAAUGAUGUGGAAAAGUUACAAGACCAUCAACAAAAGACUGUGAAUUCAAGUCAUUGUAUGAGUUUUUUGUUGUGGACUCUUUAUUCACAUCAAAUUUUUACCAAAUCUUUUUUUUUUUUUUUUUAUUUUAAGAUUUACCUCAAAUUUUAUGAUUAUUCUUCAACAGUAAGAAUAAGAAUACAGUAGAAUCUGAAUGUUUGAAAGAUCUCCAAAGGGAAGAGCUAGUUUCCAUCGAUAUCUCCAAAACAUUCCAAACAUUUAUUCCUUUGUUUAUAAAAUAAACAAAGGAGAACAUAAUUUUUUUCUCCUUUAAUAAUUGUAACUUUUUAGUUCUCUCUUGUUGCGAUAGAUUUCUUUUGCAAUGCUCAUAAUUUAGACAUCAAAGUCGCUAUUGAAAAUACAUUUUAAGCAUGUCAAAAUGUCAACAUCGAAAUCAUAAGUGAUACUCAAUGUUGAAAAUAUAAUUUUAUUGAAUGCUGAGACAAAGUGACUUGUAGGUUUAAUGUGUUGACAACCGUACAAUUUUCAGUACAAAUUAAGCUAACAGUAUGUCAUAAGGUCACCGUUACUAAAUCAAUUACUUAGAAAUUUUUUUUAUAUUAUUUGAUUGCCAAAAAAGAACUUCUGCAUGAACAGUGACAUUUUAGAUAGAUUUUGAAGACUGAUUUUUUUUACUUUAUUCCCCUGAACAUACUGUGAAAGAAAGCCUAUUUUAUUACCAUCAUGAGCUUUUUUUGUGUCCUCAUUAUUUCAAUCAAUAUAUUUGUGAAUAAAUGAGCAUUUUAAAAUGA